AUGGAAACCUCCUCAUAUUAUCGGCGGCAUCCAUCUACUACACCAUCGUCACCUUCACCGCGCCUUGUCCGAAGCCGAAGCGGGAGUUCGUCGAUAACUAGCCCCGGCGGGAAGCUAACUUCGCCUAGCCAAAGACUCAACACCAUUGGUACUACUAACCGUUCUAAAUCCACAACAAGAACAAGGCCGCCUACGCCUAAUAAUAAUUACUACUACAAAAAUAGUACUACUGCUGCUUCUUCUAUAAACUCACACAUGCAAAAGAAACCAUCUCAAGAAAAAUCUGAUCAAUCAUCAAGUUUCACCAAGUUCUUGCAGCGAAGUACUCGUGGCUUUGGAAGUGCAACAAAGGCCGCAGCAACCGGGCCUAAACCUGUCUCAGGAUCGUCUUCGGCGUGGGCGCUUUCCCCGGCACGGUCUCUUCCGUUUGCGUCGACUCCCGUGGCGGUGGCACCGGAGCCGUUUCCGGCUUCGGCGAGGGUGAAGACUAAUAAGUCGAGUAGUAGUGGAGGUGUGAAUGGAGUUUUGAAGUAUUUUAGGCCUAAGAAGGUCUCGCCAGUUCAAGAGGAGGACUUUCAUCGGUUUCGAAUUUUGCAUAAUGGGCUGCUUCAAUGGAGAUUCGCUAAUGCUACAGCUGUGGCUGCCAUGGCUGCUACUAAACACAUUGCGGAGAGUAAAUUGUUCUCAGUGUGGCUUCGGAUCUUUAAAAUGAGAAACUCAAUUAUGGAGAAGAGAAUAGAGGUGCAGAGGGUGAAACACGAGAUCAAGCUGUAUCAGAUUUUGAAUCCUCAAAUUUGUCUCCUCAGUGAGUGGGCCAAAUUGGAGAAAAGAAAUCAAGAAUCUGUGGGAAAGUUGGUCACAAAAUUGUCAGGAAUUUCUCUUCAACUUCCUUUAAUUCAUGGUGCUAAGGCAGAUGUUAUAUCUAUUUACGAAGCCAUGUACACGGCCGUCGAUGCCAUGGAUGGCAUUGAAGCAAUUAUCACUAAAUAUUUUACUGAGGUUGAGAGAAUUCUUUACAUGGUCACAGAGCUUCUUAUUACGACAAAACAACAUUCAGAUAAUUUUGAGGAGCUGGAGAAGACUGUCACCUUAGUCAACACACUACUGGCUAAGGAGACGAGUCUAAGAGCACAACAUGUGGAAGCAGCUUUUGAAUCUAUGAGAUGUCGAAUUUGUUGA